AUGGCAUCUCUAACGUAUGUCGAUAACCCCAACGCGAAUCUUGUAUGCUGCAUCUGCCGCUCACCUUUCGUCGAACCCUGCACCACCCGGACGUGCUGCCAUACGUUUUGCUACGAAUGUAUCUCCCAAGCUAUUGCCAUCAAUCGCCAAUGUCCCAUCGACCGAACUCCCCUGAGUGUUCAUGACCUUACUCCCGCGGACCCCGUGAUACGCAACUUGGUGGACGAGUUGAUCGUCCGGUGUCCUCAAGAACCUCUCGGAUGUCCGUAUACUUGCCAACGCCUUCUCCUCCCUAUCCACGUCAAGGACGUUUGUCAAUUCAUCGAAGUUCCCUGCCCAGAGGCACGCUGCUCUAGCCGUAUUCUCAGGAGGGACGUCAAAGAGCAUCAGUGUUCGGAGUCCGGUGUGGUCAAGUUAGCCAGUUCCCAGGAAUAUCCGGAAACGGAUUCCCGAGACCACCCCGAAGAGAAGAGCACGACCUCCGCAUCUGCUUCUGCAAGUCCGACGACUUCUACAGGACAGCCCCCUUCCGACUUGGCUGCAGAGAAUGCAAUGCUGCGCCUGAGACUAUCAGCAUUAGAGAGCGUUGUACACACGCUCCGCAGCGAAAUGUUCGCCGUAAAGCACGCUCUAGGACCAUGGUACCGACCCGACGUUCAUCCCGAGGUGCCCCAAGAGGAGCAGCCGGAAGACUUCGAGGCCUCAAUAGCAUUCGAACGUCAAUUAGCUGAAGAGCUGGCCCCCGCAACCGCGGUAGCUCGCUCAGACAAUCCCCCGUCCUCCGCCCCACGGGAUUCUAUAGAUAUCGCGUCCUACUUCCCUCCGCCCGAGACCGUGUCCACUCACACUGGAUACGGAAGCACUUCAAGCGUUGCCCAACCGUAUCUCUCCUCAUCUGUCGGGCAAAGCCGUGUACCACUGUCGCCUCCGAGUUCUACGUACCCGUCGAUGUAUGCAAGCACCUCUCCGACUUCGGUUUACGCCGCGUCCUCGUUCCCCACGCCUGGUCACGGUCAGACACCUGGCAUGCCUUACGCGCAAGGUUCAUCAUUCACUCCCAAUGCACCGGCUUCGAUCUCCAUACCGCCCUUAGACCCCUCGACGCCGCUUCCGGACACGCUCGCCACUCUCCAUUCGUCUCUGGUGACGCUCGCGGGCGCACUCGGCGCACUGGCGGCCUCACGAGGCGCGGAAUCUCUGCGGACAACGGAAGAACUGCGAGGUUUGCGAGCUGCGACGCACGGCUUACGCAUGCAGGUGCAUGACAUCCUCACGUCUCGUUCGCACCUCGCUGGCGGGGGCGCCCCUGGCUCGAGCGGAGACGGCGACGGGGGCGAACAGCCAUCUUUCAAUCUGGGCAUGUCCGGUUGGCUCGGUUUUGGCGGACCACGCCCGUACGGGAUCCCACCGCCUGUGCUCCAUCCACACCAUCCUGCGUCUUUCGGUGGCUCUGUCAUUCCUCCCACGAACAUCACUAAGCUUUGAGCACUCCACUGCUGCGAGCUGUCUGCGAGGGUGACAGUCGACAGCCUCAAGCGCCCCACCACCGUCAUAAUGUGUUCACGCAGAGUCCUCGUCCAGCCCGCCACAGACACAUGAGCCUGAUGUCUCAAGGAUCUACGGAGCGCACAUCCUGACAGCUGCUCGCGGUGAUGGUCCCUCGGAAACCUUCCUGCCCUUGGCAUUGUCCACGCUUAAAGUUCAUCUAUCACACAACAAACGCAUUAGCUCCGGCCGAUCUUCACUCUGUCAGGCCCCGCGGACGCGCGCGACGAUCGCGUCCGUUCGACGCUCGAGUACACUGCUGCCUUAGGAGGGACAGCAGUUACCCGACGCCCCAGUCAAAUACGUCCUGCAGGUCCGGCUGUGGACGCAUAGUCUGACCUUCGCGGUCUACACGUAACGAGGACAUCGUCCUCUCCUGGACGCCUGCCCUGCCCGGAGGAUUCCCACACGGCGAAGACCAGUGUUGGCAGCGCCCGAUUGUGCGUUGAGUAUGGUCGCUAAACGUUCACUGCCCUGCCCACUCAACUUCACCGCCUCGAGGAAGCUUCACGAGGCGACCGGGCGAGACAAGUGGAGAUCACCAGAUCGCGAUGGACAUGUCUUCUCAAGCGAAUUGGACGGGGGGGGGGGCGACGGAGCUGCGCUCCCGCGUGCCUAUGUGGAACCGCAAUAUCUCACUAGGCCCGCACUGCUAAGUCCAUGUUUUACGCUAUCCGCAAUCGUGAUCAAGCUCCAUCUCGCCCAUCGCCGUCCCGCUCGUCGCGGGAUUCCACCCACGUAGCACACCUCACAAGGUCACCAGCGACUCGGUGAGGGGGUGGGGGGGCACGAUGCGCGUGUGCAGAUCACACAUGUCACCUUGACUGCCGUUUAUCAGCGUCCUCCCCUUCAUCUCGCCUUACAGAUCCCUCCGGGUGCGGUUUGUGCCUCGCGAAUAGGCAGCGGUGUUGCGGGCCGAGGGUGGCAUGGCGAAUGGAUGACACUCAGUGUACCUGGCGAAGCACUGCUUGUCAGUGUGGAGGAAUGAGGGACGAGGCGACGUCGUGCAAGGGGCCCGUCGAAGCUGCUGUGGCUAUGUCUCUGCUGAAGGCAUGCACGGAUUCGCUCCGUGCUCGUGGCGGACGAAUCACGAAUGCCGUGAGCCUUGAGGUCGGGUGCGGAGGAUGUGCGGAUGGCUGUGCGGGUCGGUCUGUCAGCUGGUCGCUGCAAUUUCUGCGGACGGCGAUCCGAGUCUGAUUGAUAACGUCGAUUGCGGUGGGAUGAUACACUAUGUACAGGGUUACAGCGUAUGUACAAAGCUCGUCGCCGGGCAGCUCCUCCCAUCUUUCCGAGCUGGAGCGAUAGGAAGGGGUGUGGCGGCGACGGCGGCGGUGGGCAUUAACACGGAACGGGCGCCGCCUCGCCCCCCGGGUAUGAGAGUAUAGACAGUAUGAGCAACAUGCAGAACGCCGGAGAGGGACAGACGGGCGGAGUUGGAGACCGAGGACGAUGAAGGAUGAAAGAUGGAAACCCAGAGCGCGAGUGAGCAAGGAACGUGACAGUGUGCAUGUGUUGAGAACGAGAGAGGAAUUCUGAUGGGGGGGGGGAUGAUGGAUGCGAGGGGACGGCAGAUUAUACAGGCGUUCUACAGUAGAUGGACGGAAGACAGCGUCGACAUCAUCAGCUGAGCGGUACGACGGUCAAGAGCAGAAGAUCACGACAGCGGUAAGGUAAGGCGGUGGGCGACGAGGCUAACGAACGGACGAGGCGGUGCCAGGCAGCACCGCUACGCGACGAGACACAAAUCGGGAAUAAAUGUAAUGAUAAGUUGCGCGGAUCGAGGUUCGGGUCAAGGUCCGGGCUACGACGCUAGCGGGACGUUACGAGACGGGGAAGACGGUGAGAGUGCGUAGGAGGGAUAUCAUAGGUGUACACAGAUAUGGAAGAGAGACACUGUAUUGUAUGGAUACGUUACGAAUGGUAAAUAUGUAGAGAAGGGCGAAAAAACAGAUGAGGGCAUCGGAGAAGGUAAGUCCGUGAUUGCACCAGGAGACAACCGAACACGAGGUAGAGACGGUGUAGAUUGCGAAGGGACACAGAGCAAGCAGGCAGAUAAGAGAUUGGGUGGGGGGAACGAAAGAGCACCCACCGCGUGAGACGCAAAGGUUGCGGGCAGGAACAUUAGAGCAGAUUGCGGCUAUAGCUAUGCGAGAACGGCGGAUGCGGGCAGACAAGACGGGGACGUACAGACAGCGUGAGACAACAGCGCGCGCACGCGAUAGAGUACACAAUGGUCCGGGGAUGCGGGUGUUGGUACAAAAGAGGUGGCGAGCACGCUUUUAGGCGGGCAGGAAGCGACGGGCGGGGGGACGCGCCGAGCCCUCGCUGGGCCGAUAUCGGACGUCCUCGGGUUCACGGACCCAAAGGUAUAAGAUGCAUGCAGGAGAUCGGAGGUCGGGAAGCGGCCGGCGCAUUACUCGUCGACCGAGCAGCAGUCACUGGAACGCAGGGAGCGCCCCGUCCGUACUGGUACUAUGGGUACUGCAUGUAGCCCCCCAUGAAAUGGACGCCCUCGGACGCCGGCACGCACAUGUGCGACAGCUCGAUCGCGCCCGCCGCGUACGCCUCGUUCUCGUUUCCGGGGGGAGGGUACACGUAUCCCUCGUAGACGGUGGGGAAGUGUCCCUGCGCCUGCGCCUUCUGGUACUCCGGGUGCGCGUGGUGCGCUUGUUCCUGCGGAUACUGCUGAUAGCCCUGCUCGUGCGCUAUAUUGUGAUCGCUGUUCCCCGACGGGUACUCGGGAUACUGCAGCGGGCCUAUGUCGUCCUUCGCCUGCGCGUCCUGGAGCGCGAAGGCGAGCUCGCUCGACGUGUUCGUCCUCGCGUGGCCUUGCCCUACCCGGUUGCCGUUGCCGUUGCCGACGGCGGUAUGCGGGUUCGGGGAGUUAUCGUGGGGGAUGGUAUGUUGUUGGUGGCUGUGGUUGCUGCCCGCGGAUAUCGUGGACGCCGAUGACGGCGAGGGGUACCCUCCGUCCCCGUCCUGAGGUGCCUGCGCAUCGGGAGAAUGCGACUGCAUGUGGUGCGCGGGAUAGAUGGCUGGGGACAAGUGCGAUGUCGACGACGAGUGCUGGAGGUGUUGCUGGUGCUGCUCGUGCAUGGGCGGCGGAGCGGGCGUGCCGCCGUUGCUGCCGACGUCGAGAUCCGAGAAGAGUUCGAGGAAGUGUCCGGACGCGCUGCACAAGAUCCAACUCGUCAGCGCCUAUCGCGUACGAACGUUCUGAUCGACCCAUCGAAGACGUGACCAGAGGUGAGAUAUGCACGAGCAGGACCCGCGUGGCGAACACGCGUCGCUCACACAACACACGGUCGGUGGAAACGAACGACGAACGACGACUCACCAGCUCUCUCGCCUGCUCCCGCAGAUGCUGCCGUCCUCCGGCGCCCCCUCGAUGUGCCCGCCCUCCGAGUUGCUGUACGCGCUCGUCCAGCUCACCUCGCUGCCCCCGCCGAUGCUCGCGACGCUGCCGAACCGCGACAGCGGCGCCGCGCUGCUCUCCUCCGUGUCCGCGUCGGACACCCCGCCCUCGCUCGAGCGCCGGGGCAGCGACAGCAGCGGCGGCGACGCGCCGUUCGGCGGUGUCCCCGACGCCGAGCUCGACGACGGGCUCGGCGCGAACGGGUUCCCGAACGAGAAGUUCGGCGAGGGCAGCGGCCCGGGGACGGGCGGGGCGAUCGGCCGCUGGGAGAUCGCGUACCCGCGGGGGUCGAGCGGGCUGACGUUCAUGUCCAUGCUGUACGCGUCGCCCAUGCCGUCCAUGUGCUGCUGCUGCUGCUGCUGCUGCUGCUGCUGCAUGCCCAUGCUCAUCUGCGCGUGCGCGUGCAUGAGUCCGAGCGCGCUGCCGUCGAUCGAGUGCCGCGGCGCGAGGACGUCGUAGCCCUGGCCUGGGUGGUACAUCGGGGUGUGCGGCGGGGCGGGCAUGUCAGACAUGUCGUACGUGCGCGGAGCGGGGAGCGACGGGCGGUGCGCCUGCGAAGGGACGGUGGGCAGCGAGUGCGCGUGCGCGGGGUGCAGCUGGUUCGGGUGCGGGCCGGGCGGGUAGGGCGCGCUCAUGCGCGGCAUGAGCUGCGGGCGGCGCAUCAUCUGCGGGUGGUGCGGGCCGUCGACCGCCUCGGCGUACGCGCCGUGCGCGGUGUUGGCGUUCGCGGUUGCGGCGACGUGCGCGUAGGGGUGCGCUUGCAUGCGGUGCCCGUGUCCGCCCAUGUCGGAGGAGAGGCGUCGGCGCAUGGGAUCGAAGCCGCGCUUCUGCACCAUGCCCAGGCGGCCAGGGGAGAGGGAGGCGACGGGCAGGGACGUGCGGCGCUGCGCGUACAGAUCGGGAGGUGCGAGAUGGCCGUUUGAGUAUGCUGUCACGGAAGGGGGAUGUGUGGACAGACGGACGUGGGCAUUGACAUGGCCCGAGAAGUUCGGACUUGCGUGCGCAGGGGGCUGCUGCUGCUGCUGGUGCGCGCCCAAGGCCGGCGCGGAGGAGGGCGAGGGCGAGGCUGUUGCCCACGAGGGGAGCGGAGGAGGGGCGAUGGAUCCACGGCGGCUAUCAGGAGUAGAGUUGAGUUGGUCGGGCUCGUUCGCGUUUAAGUUGCUGUUUCCAUCGGGGGCCAGGGCCUCGUCCGGGGCAGUUUCUUCCGAGCGGGCCUGUGGAGAGGGAGGCGCCGGCGAGAGGGCAUCUUCAUCCAAAUCGUUGUGAUCGUCGUCGCCAUCUGUUUCUACUCGGGGGGCGAUAGGGGGAUUCGAAGGCGACGCGCCAGCCGCGGCGGGACCAGCUGCGGCAAGCUUGGACGGGUUGACGGAGGUAGCGGCCUCGGCCUUCUUUGCCUGCUGCUUGGUCUUUGCGCGGCGGUUUUGGAACCAGACCUGGACACCGCGAGGGGUCAUGUCGAGCUCGGCGGCGAGCUUCUUGCGGAGGGACGCGUUGGGCUUUGUGUCAUACUUGUAAACGCCUUCGAGGACCUUGAGUUGAGCGCGAGUGGUGCGCUUGCGGUGCUUGACCUCGUUGGGGGUGUAGGGGUAGAAGGUGCGGAUGUCGACCUGGGACGGGUCCAUGCCCGGAGGGAUGAGUGCAGGAACGCAGGUCUGGUUCUGGGUGGGAUGGUGGAGGUCGUGUGCGGGGUCUCGGGCGAGGCGGGGGUCGAA